AUGGAGAGCGGUCUGAAAAAGCUAUGGACCCGACGGAAGAGUAAAGGGACCGAUGGGAGACAAGAUGGAAUCGGAAUUCUGAGGAAGAGCCAGAGCACUGAGCAGGCGCUCCGAUCGGUCGCUACAAGCUCCCCGUCAAACCACACCCGGAUUGCCUCGACAGACGCUCAAUACAAGUCGAGUGGCAGCAACAGAGUCCCGUCAGCACUGGCUGGAGCUGCCGCCCGACCCUCAACCUCUUGGUCACGACCUGGCACAGAUGGAAGCGGCAGUUUAAUGAAUGCGGUCAAUCUCGCGGCUGAUGCCGUUGCCAGAGCAGACCAAGAAUAUCACUACCCUGCAGACAGAUACCCGAAAGAACAGGUCCGACCCAAAACCCCUCGCUAUGUGGACAUUUUUUCCCUCUCGAGCUCCAACAGCCCAAACCCGAGACCUGGUUACAACGAGGACGUGGCUGAACGGAACCUGGAUUUGGCUCGAGUCGCUCUCGAAGGUACCCACCAGUAUGUGCCUUCCAAAUUCCAAGAAGAAGUCGCUGCCAGGAAUGCAUUUCCUAGUCUCCCUGGAAGCGGUAGUGUUGAUAGCUCUCCGUCGGUCCGUCAAAAUGGGUUUCAUGGCAGCCAAUCGACUGGUCCGACUAGAGGGAUAUCUAGCCCUGUGAGCAGCUACCCGCAGUCGCCUCAAAAGUUUGGGGAGCGCCCUUUUUCCAGGCGUACUCAAAAUGUGAAUAGUUCGAUUGGGUCACAUUCUCGACAACAGAGUAAUCGAUCUUGGGAUUCUCAGGGGCAGUUACACGAAUUGCCGGCUUCAAGACAUAGUAUCGAGGACCCACGUCAGACGCAAACACUUGCUAGCCCAACGACAACACUGGCGAGCAGUUCUCACGAACCUAUUAGCAGCCACCCAGGGGGAGGUCCGGCAGACUUCCAUCCUCCUGUGUUUCCGAAUGGCGCUCUCAGCAAUUAUCAACUCUCAGCCUCGGAAGUGACACAAGUAAAGCCCAAUGAAUCAUACCAAAUGCACCGGCCGGGAGUUGUGACAUCUCCCGACCACUCGACGGAUUCCCAAGCCUACACUCAUUCAGUGCGGUCGCCCUCAAACUUAAGCAACGCGUCUUCUGUGAAGCGAACAAUCACGCUGCCGAAUCGAACAAUCAUGGAUUUGACCGGUAACGAUUCAGAGGUUUUCUCUGAAGGGUAUCCUCCGUCAAACUACAGCUCUUCUCCUAUCCUGGAACAUGCCAAGGUCGAUACGGCGCGGAAAGUCCAAGGAGCAGCCAUAUCUGGGCCGACCACUGAAGAUGCGAAGACUGAUAUAAGUCCGGCCCAAAUAAAAACCCAUUCGCCCAUUGGGAUCGAACAAGCAGCCGCUGUUCCCACUCCACCAUCCCACCAACCACAGUUGGAGCCUCCUUCAGAACUGCCCAGGUCAGAAGAUCCUCCUCGUCCUCAUUUUGCCAUCAGUUUCUCACCCAUUACCACUAUCGCAUCCGCAUCGCCUCGAGCAAGUGUUGUUUUGGAAGCGCCGAUUACCUCUGACCAAACAGGGCAAACUCAGAUCAGCCCUGGAUUGGCCGAACUGCAAGACCAACAGAACGACACCAGGGAUGCGUUACGCGCCAAGCAGGUUGUGCAGCAAGAUGAACACAGUCUUAAUCAUCCUUCGGGAUUCAAUGUCAAUGAGGUUGAGGAACAAGCAUUGCAGUCCGGCAAAGAAAUCGGCGACGGAGCUAUCCCUGUAGGCCAGACUGGAAAGGCCGUCGAACCUGUAGUACAAGAAUCGCCGGCAACGGCACCGUUCGAACCUGACCAUGACCUCGAUACAUCACCGCCACGUCGUCCAUACAUUCACAUGGCUUCAGACGGUCUAAGUUCGACUGGGCUGGGUGAUCCGGUUCGUCCUUCCAGCGUGAGCACUAGGGAAUUUGCAAGCACUCCUGGCAGAUCAAUGCUGACAAGUGUUCCCGAAGAAGUAGAAGUCAAGAGCAAUGGUCACGCAAAGCCGCCAGGAGAGCUUGUGACGGAGACAAUGCCGAAAGGCAGUAGCCUGUAUAUUGACAGCGAAAUUCCCCAGGAGCGACUUCACAACGCUUUCGGGUACCAGUCGACGUUUGACGAGAGAGAAUAUGCGCAAAAGCAAGCCGAGGCUCGCGCAGCUCUCAUUCGACUUCAGCAUAGUUUGAAUGAGGCUUUUCUCACCCAGCCAACCCCUGCGCCGGACUCGGCAUCGACUAGAUCUAGCCCCUCCAAACAUGCCUAUUCCUUCAGCGAUGGGAAACCAGCUGCGCCGUCUUCCAUCUUCUCACAGGUCAGACACUCACUCACCCCGACAGAUGCGAUGGGCGAGGCUGACAGACGGCUUGAGGGUGGUAGAUUGGAGACCUCUUAUCAUCAUUUGACGACGGUGCCGCACGAGAAGGAGGGUGGAAAAGCUCGGAGAAAGAGAUCAACCCGUAGUGCCGCCAAAUCCGAGGCGCUUCACAGGAAAGGAAAGCAAAGAGUGGAAUCCGAACUCAACGGGCCUGGUCCGUCCAUCAUCAAUGAUUUAGAGAGUCCAAAGCGGCCUCUACACCUGCCACCUCCUCUCCACCUCAAUGGCCAUCCUAUCCAUCACCUUUUGCAACACCAGCCGCCUAGCCCAGGCGAGAUUUCUCUGUCAAAUUUCCCAAUACCCGUGUCCUCUCCUCGCCAGUCAGUCAUUCGACCACCAGUGACUGAGGACGCUGAGACGCAACAGGCGCCGACUCCGACCCAGCAGCACGCAUAUCCACACCAGGAUCCCACUAGUGCUGCUGAAAUGAAAGAACGGAUCUUGCGGCGCCAGGCCAGUCAACGAAGUCAGGCAAGCGGCAACUCGGCGUUUAGUAUUCCAUAUCAUAUGAUCCCCGAUCGGUCGAGUAGCAGACGAGACCGGUCGGUAAUGGAGACGGACGAAUGA